GAAUUUAUACCUUAGCCAUAAAAAAUAAUAAACAUGUAUUCUAUGUUCAAUAAAUUUAGCAUACUUAAUUGUAAUAUGUUUACACGUAUUGCUUCAAUAAAACACUUAAACAAAUAUAUUAAAAACACGUGAUUUUUAGUCAAAAUAUUUAUAACAUAAACGGUGAGUCAUCGAAAGAUAUAAAUAGUGUGUCCUAGAUAAUGGAGAAACGUAGCGAGUAUAAAUACACUAAAUACAUAUAAUAAUGAAACAUUAAGUGUGGUUACAUGCUAAAGGUAAAUGCAUUUAAAUUUAUUUCAACAUGUUUUGACAUGAGCCAUUAUGACUUUUAUUAAGAUAGUUAAAAUAUUGUAAAUUCCUACUUUUCAAUAUAUAUAUAACUAUAUAUAUAUAUAUAUAUAGUUAUAUCAAAAUCUGAUAAUUUGUAUUAAAUGCUUUCAAACAAAUUUGUAAGUUUUUAAGUAAAGAAUCGUCUUUACAUAAGUGUAAUCACAGUGAACAGUAGCGUACCUAUUAACUAGCGUGUGUGUAGCUAAUGUUUAGUUGGUAAUUUGAAAUAAUGUGUACAUUUAAUAAAUAUUUCCGUCCUAUAAAUAUCCAAUUCACUACAUACAUGUGAUUUCACAAAUGGCAGAAGAAAAAAAAUAUUAAAAAUAUUAUGUUAUUAUCAUUAAGUAAUGAAUACUGUCGUUAUCACGUGACGUUGCAUGUAACCGUAACAUUCAUAGCACGUGUGUAUUAUAAUUAUUAAAUCAUAUAACUAUUAUGUAAUUCGUUCAUUUGAAUAUCCAUACAUUUUCUGAAAUAGAACAAAAUAUAAGAAGGAUGAUACUAUAUGUUUAUCUGUUAUAGCCGGACAGAUAGAAGAACAAAUAUGGCCUUAGUUACAUAUCAGCUCAUCUGUAUGAUUUUAGAAAUAUAAUCACUUUAAAACAAAUGUUUUAAUGUUGUCUUAAUGUCUUAAUUGCUUCAGACAGUCAACAUGACUAUGAUGAACGAAGACGAAGUUCCUAACAGCACAAAUAGUGACGCCAACACACAUUUUGUUCAACAAAAUCGGUUUUUACCAGACGUUGUUCACAGUACAAUGAACACCAUGGACAGUUUUAAUCAGAUUAAUUACUUCUCUGAUCACGGUAGAUGCGUAAUGACAGAAACCACUGGUUACGGUGCAGAGCAACAUCUUGUCACUGCAUCAGUGUUUUCAGGAGUAAAUAAAAAGAUGAGUUAUAGGGAAAGCCAAGGAGAUAUCAACAAUUUAUGUGAACAACUUGAUUCUGUAGAAAUGCUGGAUCGUUCAAACGAAAUUUUCAACGAUCUACAAUUAUUUGAAGGAAAUCAUGGAGGCCAUAUGGCAGCAAACAUUGACGCUUCUAGAAUAUAUUUAAGGGAUAAAGAUGGAGAUACUCUCUUACACACAGCCAUUAUAUUACGUGAGGUGACAUUAGCCAUGAUGUUUAUUGGUAAAGCACCAUCAAACACCUGGCUGUCUUUUACAAAUGUUUUAUUUCAAACACCUCUACACCUUUCCGUAUUAACCGAUCAGCCAGAAGUCACUAGAAGAUUAAUUGUUGCUGGUGCUGAAGUAGAUAAACGCGAUAAGGACGGAAAUACAGCUUUGCACAUUGCGUGUCGCCAAGGACAAUACAAAAAUGUGCAAAAUCUUCUUGAGCCUGUCAGAUAUCAUGAAAUCAAACAGAAUCCUUAUGAUAUACCGUACCAAACCAUUCCACAGGAUGUAUCAAUAAAGAACUAUGAGGGAUUUACUUGCCUUCAUUUAGCUGCAUCAAACGGACAUUUAGAUAUUGUCAGUAUGUUACUGGACAAAGACAUAGACGUUAACCUCAAAGAAGGAAAAACAGGUCGGACAAUACUACACAAUGCUUGCCUUACAGGUGAUUUAAAUCUAGUCAAAUUACUGUUAAGGCAUCGUUCCUGUAAUAUAAAUGCAAGGGCCUUUGAUGAGAGCACGCCAUUUGACCUUGCACGUAUUCGAGGUCAUGAAGACAUUUGCCUGGUCCUUGCUGCUGCUGGGGCAGGAUAUGGAGAAGAUUUAACAGACUCUGAUUAAACGGUAAUAUAAAAGACUGCAAGUCCUUUUACAUUCACACUUUCUGAUUUAAGUGUGCUGUUCCGAUUCAGGGAAAUAAGUUUAUUUAAUAUCUGACAUUUAUCUCAAUCAGGGAAGGAUUUAGAUAACAACAUACUUAUAGUUAUGAUUCAACAAACAGUAAAACUGAAGUUGGAAUAUAUUUAUAUAAAUCCCAGUCGUUUACUCAUUAUAUGUUAGUGAUACUCUAAAUACCUCAUAGAUGUUAAAUACAAAUGUAUUAUAUUAUCAACAGAAAACUGCUCAAUUAACUUUAACAUGUCACGAGAUGAAAGUAUUCUACUAAUUUAUCUACAUUUUAAGUAUAUAUAAAAUACAUUUCAUAAAGUGUUGUCAUUAUUGCCAAUCUGCUUAACUAUAAUUAUUAUACUCUUCUUGGAAACUCCGUACAUUUUUAUGUUGAUAAUAGUCUUUUUUAAUUUUGUUUAGUAUGUUAUUAUUUUGCACUAUUUUAUUUGUGUAGGACAUUUUUUAUUAUAGGGCAAUAUGUUGUGAUAUCAAACGUUCAAUAAAUGGUUUGCAUUGAUGCAUUUAUAAUUAUAAGAUAUGUUUUCAUUUGAAUGAUUAAACAAUAAUAAAGUG